AUGUUCAUCUUAGACGUACAAGGUUUGCAGUUCAAAGACAGUGAUUUCGUUUGCAAGGAAAUUGCAAUCUUAAAUAAGGCAACUGGUCAGCUAUACCAUCAUUUUAUAAAUUUACCAAUUCCAAGUAAAUGGCUCAAUGAAAACUUCAGACGUCAAGUUCAGUGGAAUACCCAAAACCUGCACGGACUGGAUUGGGACAGUUUUAAUUUUAGUUUUCUACCUUUGGAAAAUAUCACAAAUUUUAUACAAGAAAUCGUUCAAAAUAACACUGUUUUUGUCAAAGGUUUCAACAAAAAAGUGUGGCUCUGUAAUUUGAUAAAUAAUCAUAUAGUCGAUAUGGAUAGCUUGGGAUGUCCAAAUUUCAAAAAGUUAAAAACUGUAUUGUUUCCAAAUUCACUACAUUGUAAUACACAUUCUAUCAAUAAUCUAUUUUGUACCAGAGAAAAUGUUUUUCUAUUGAAUAAUUGGUUUGUGAAUAAAAUAGAUUAA